GCAAGGAAGGGGAAGCAUUUUAGGAGCUGGAGGAGAAGAAAAAGAAGAGGAAGCAGCGGCAUCUCAUCCAACUCCAGACUCUUUAGCUGUCUGACCUUUAACCUUAUGGACUAGACUCUUCCUCAGGUGAAUUCUUCUCUGCGGGAUCCUUUUUUUCUUUUGGUUUGAGUUGUUUUCACAUCAAGAUGCAGGCUCAGUUGGCGUGUAUGCUUCUCCUCUGUUUCACAUGUGGUGGCCUUUGUACAGGCGUGGACCAGGAUCAGCGAGCGCUGGAAGAGGACAUUCUCAGCAGCCUCUUCGCUUCCAAGAUGAAACAGAAUAAGCAGAGCGCCCCCUACUGGCGCGUGUCGCUGGGCAACCUGUGCAGGCUGGUGAGCGGCAUGAGCAGUGAGGAAGAGGAGCAGGAGGAAGAGGAGGGGGGGCAGCUGAGGGAGGAGCUGUACAACCUGCAAUACAUCUGCCGAGCUCUGCAGAGGGAGGACAGGCUACUCCAUGACUCUCAAGAGUAUCUAGAGGAGAACAGUGACACCCCGCUGAAACGAAAGUCACCUUACAUCCUGAAGAGGCAAGCCGCACGCACCACCAAAUCCCGGAGGCCGUACAUCUUGAAACGAAGUUCAAUUUACUGACCGGAGAAGAUGGGUUUAGGGGACCAGACGAUGUACAACCUGUGAAGAUGUUAUUGUGAUUUGUCUCCAAUUUUCUGUGGCUGCAAUGUUUUUUCUUUUCCCAUUGUUGUUUUGAAUCCAGUCAGACCCUUCGAUUGUAUGUCCGGCAUUCAGGCCUGCCUGUAUCCUGCUCCUGAAAAGCAAAGCUCCUGAAAAUAAACUUAAACUGAGUAUCAAGCAAA